AAAAAGCUUCCCUUGUCUUCCUUCGUUGCUGCAGCCGUUCUGUGGCUAGUUUCCGUGAAAGAGAAAUGCAACACCAGCAGGCGCAGUUUCUAGAGGACUUCUCUCUCUCGUAAGACACAUAUGGGGCUGGCCUAUCGUGUUCCAUUGAGGACUACAUUUCCCAUAGUGCCUCAGCUUGGGUACUAUGGAGCUGCGCGUGGUCCAUCUGGAUAAAAGGAUCCGUGACUAUUUGGAGAACCUGGGCUUUGAGAUCCAUCCAUUUAAGGUUUCUAACUCCUAUGGAUGUAGCGGAAAGCCUGCAAAAAUAAUGGAAAGCAUGUGAUAAAUACUCAGAAAUAGAAAUCUGGUCAUCUGGAGAGCUAGGUAGGAUGGUACAAUGCUGUCUUGCCUCCAGGAUUUCAUCUACCAUACUCGGAUAACACACUAGCAUUUGUGGUGCUCAGUGUCCCUGCCAUGUUUGAAAAAGCCUUCAAACCUUUCCUGAAGAGUCAGCUGCUGAAAAAAAUUUGUGACCCUGUGGAUCAGUGCAUUUCCCAUCACCUUUUGCUGCUUGGGGAGAACCUUGCUGACCAGCAUAUGGACGUCAUGUGUGACUAUGAGAUGCUGCCCAGUCGGAAGCCCAGGUUCCUGGCCCAGACAGCAGCGCAUGUUGCGGGUGCUGCAUACUACUACCAGAGGAAAGAUGUGCAGCAAGAUCCCUGGGGAGAGAAGGUGAGAUGCAAACCAGAGCAUGCUAAACCAUGGGGAGAGUUUGUUUGUUGGAGACAGGCUGUUGAUAGACCUUUAAAUCUAUGCCUUCAUUCUGCUUUUUCCGUCCAGAAGAUCUAUGGUGUCUGCAUCCACCCCCUUUAUGGAGGCUGGUUUGCUAUCCGGGCUCUCCUGCUUUUCCCAGAUAUAGAGGCGCCUAACUUGCUGCAGAAUGCGCCUAUUGAUUGUGUGACCACAGAGAAAGAGAGAAUAGAACUGCUGGAGAAGUUCAAUUUCCACUGGCGGGACUGGAGCUACCGGGACAUUAUUGAAGUGAAGGAAAAGUACUCGGAAGAACAGAAAACCUACUUUGCAACUCCUCCAACUGAACGGUUAAAACUGCUGAAUCUACAAGGAUUGCAGAAGAAUGCAAUACUCUAAGUAGCUGUUUUCACUAUAUAAGAGGGACAUACAGCCUGCUGUGCUGUGCCAACUGUUAUGGAGACCGAGCUUGCUUAUUUACAUGGUGACACCAUUUUGCAACCUGGCAGUUCUAGAAAGAGUGUUGCCUUCUAAAAUGGGGUCGCACCCAGGUUAAAGAGAAGGGAAGGGAAGGGAAGGGAUGGCUCAAGUUUCCCUUCAUAUCAAUCACAAACAAGUGAUUGAUCACUUAUUCCUGCCAACCUUGCAGUCAGAUAAGCAAAUAUUUGUUACACUGGAAGCCUGUACAUUCAGGUUUGGAAACACUAGGUUUUUAUACUUUAGUGAAUGUUAUUUUCAAACACGUUUAGGAGACUGCGUUUGUUUAAAUUAUUAUUAAUUUUAUUGGUGAUGAAUGUCCUUUUUUGUGAUUCCUUGAUAGCUGAAGUGUGAAAUAAUUUGCCUUUUAUUAUGAGCUUUGAAGAGACAUAAUUUUUAUAAAUAAGCAUAGCAUUUUGGGCUGCAGAUAUUUUGAAGGAUGUUGUCUAUUCAUUUGUAGAGUCAAAAGUCAUUUCAGCUACCACACCUGACUUUGAAUUUCAGCACAGAUACUGUAGCUGUUGAACUCCUUUGAUUUGGUCCAUUGGGAGAGGUGGUGUUUUCUUUCCAACCUCAUUCAUAGCUGGAGAUAUUGUCUAAUCCAUGAGGUCGAGGGAAUUGACAGGGUUCAUAAAAUAAAACUGAAGGAAGCAAAAA